AUUUCAGUGGUUUGAACAAGUAUGAUAGUUUUUAUAUUGGACAACAAAUGACAGUGCAUUUUAAAUUAUUGUUUUUCCGGAGGUGAAUCUGCCAAUGAAGAAGAAAAAUAUUCACCAAUCCGCAGAUAAGUACUGCUACUGGAUACUACGCCGCAUUCACCGAAUGCUAUAAGUAGGGGAAUCCCUGUAAUCACUUGUAACGUAAAGUAGCAAUUGAAGACACAAGCGAAUGUGACAAAAUGAACGUAAUAACGAUUUUAUCAUUAAUAUUUAGUACAAAAUUCGUACUAGGAGCCAACAUCAUUUUGAUCAUUGCAGAUGAUUUAGACCUUGUACUUGAUGGAAUGAUUCCAUUGCAAAAUACUAGAAACUUGAUUGGAAAUAAAGGAAUGAAUUUUCAAAAUUGUUUUGUAGCUUCUCCAAUAUGUUGUCCCAAUCGUGCAUCAAUAUUAACAGGCAAAUAUCAACAUAAUCAUUAUGUUGUUAAUAAUAGCAUUAGUGGUGGCUGUUACAGUCAACAAUGGAAAACUACAUUUGAACCAAAUACAUUUGCAUCUCAGUUAAAGAAUAAGAUGGGUUAUACAACAUUUUACGCAGGGAAAUACAUGAAUCAGUACGGAGUUAAUAGGGAUUUUUCUGUACCACCUGGAUGGGAUUGGUGGGCUGCUCUUGUAGGAAACUCAAAAUAUUAUAAUUAUUCUCUAUCAAUUAAUGGUACUCAGUACGCAUUUAGAGACAGGGAUACAGACUAUCUUACUGACAGUAUCAGUAGAAUGGCUGCCAAUUUUAUUAAGACACGCCGUUCAGAUGAAAAUCCAUUUCUGAUGGUCUUAGCUCCUCCAGCACCACAUGCUCCUUUUACACCUGCUACUCGUCACAAUGAUAGGUAUAAAGACACGAAAGCUAAAAAAACUGGAAAUUUCAAUACUCCAAUGCAAAAGGAUAAACACUGGUUAAUACGCAUGGGACCAUCACCACUCCCAGAAAGCAUUCUACCUAGAUUGGACGAGGUUUAUAGACGUCGUUUUGAAACUCUCUUAGCUGUGGAUGAGCUUGUUUUAAAUGUUCAUAAAUCAUUAACUAAUGCUAAUCUUUUAAACAAUACUUACAUUAUAUUUACAUCUGAUAAUGGCUAUCAUAUUGGUCAAUUUAGUAUGUCGAUUGAUAAGCGACAGCCAUACGAAACAGACAUACGCGUUCCUUUGAUGAUUCGUGGUCCUGGCAUCUCACCAAAAACUGUUAUAGCCCCAGUCAGUAGCGUUGAUCUCUAUGCUACAAUUUUAAUGAUUGCUGGAAUAGAAGCACCGUCCGAUGGUACAUCCUUGAUAGAUACCUUACCUUUAGACAGAACUCUAUUGAUUGAGUACAGAGGAGAACAUUCUGUCGGAUUGCCAUCAUCAGGCUGUCCUACUGACGCGGACCCAAAUCUUCAGUCGUGCAGCAAAUUUUAUGGUUGCAAGUGCCAAGACGUUGCAAAUAACACGUAUGCUUGCAUUCGUAGAGUAUCCAAAAAAUACAACAACGUGUUUUGUGUUUUCGAAGACGAUGAGGCUUACAUUGAGGCAUACGAUCUCAAUUCCGACGUCGAUCAAUUGAAUAAUAUUGGGAAAACUAUGAAACGGGGUAAAAGGUACAAAUUUAGAAGACGUCUUAAGAAUAUGUCGAUUUGUCAGAAUUCUGGUUGCAUGAGGUAAUCUUAACAAAAAGAAACCGCAUAUAGCAAUAACCAUAAUGUCUCAAACAUUGGUAAGGACUAACAUUUUAUACUGUAUAUAAUAAUAAGUAACGUAAUUAUUAUCACACUAUACCUUUAAUUACAUAUAAAAUCAAUAAAAUAUUAUAUCUAUCA